AUGCGGCGCUUGAAUGCCAAGGCGCCGGCGGUGCUUGGCCAUCUGCAUAGCAUCACGACCAGGGUCGCGUUGCAGAUGGAGGCUCCCGUGUUCCAGUCCCGGCUCCCCUCUUCCUCCAGCUUCUCCCUCUUUUCCCAAAUCGGCGCCGCCGGCAGCCAGGGGAAGCACUCCCGCGGCAGCGGCGGAUUCUGGAUCUCGGCCCUCGCCGCCACGGCCGCGGCCGCCUUCGUGUUCUUCGUCGUCUGCUUUCUAUCCCGAAGGAGCGGCCGGCGGUUCGAAAUCAUUAUCGAUGGCGGGAGCACGGGGACGAGGAUCCACGUUUUCGCGUAUGUUAUUGGGCAGGGUGGGACGCCGGUCCUGGAUCUCGAGGCGACAUCGACGUUGAAGGAGAAUCCGGGGUUGUCUGCGUACGCCGAUGAGCCGGAGAUGGCUGGGGAGUCCCUGAUUGGGCUUCUGGAUUUUGGGAGGGAGAAGGUGCCCCGGAGCCAGUGGGGGGAGACCAAGGUCCGGCUCAUGGCGACGGCAGGGCUGCGGCUGCUGGAAAAGCGAGUCCAGGAGAGGAUUUUGGACUCCUGUAGGAUGGCGUUGACGGCCUCGGGCUUCCUCUUUCGGUCAGAUUGGGCGUCGGUCAUCACAGGCAAGCUCAUUAUGCCUCCAUAAGUUUAUGUCUUCCCUCGUAAGACUCAUGCUCUGUAGAAUGCCCUCACGUCGAGAGCUAUUAGCCUAAUAAGGCUAGAACAUCCUAUCUGGGCGUCUAAAAUUGUUCCAGAGGAACCAUAGCCAAAUUGACGUCUAAAAUUGUGAGAUCUCUGAAGCGUUUUAAGAAGAUUGCAAUGGGAUGGCCUUCUUGCGGGUUAUACGCAGGGGAAAGCCUCAUCUCAAUGAGGCAUCCGAUUGCUUGGUUCCUUUAUGAUUUGCUGUUCUUUUCAAUCUCGCAUUUUCUUUCUUUGAGUUAUAAUAUUUUCUUCUUCAUGAUCUACCUUGGUGGUAACAUGAAGAUGCCCCCCUGCUGAAUGUUCUAUGCCUAUAAACUCCUGCAUGGAGACUCUGCCUUUACAAUCAGCUGGAGCCAGAGUUGGAUGGGGCUAUUUAUUUUAUAUGAUAUUUUUGAUAAUUAUCGUGACUAAUUUCUGCUUAUGAUGUAUUUUACGUUAAGCAUAGUCUAUUUUACGUUAAGCUUAUGAUUGUCUCUAUUUUCAGGCACUGAUGAAGGUAUUUACGCUUGGGUUGCUGCAAAUUAUGCACUUGGGUCUUUGGGUGGUGAUCCUCAGCAUACAACUGGGAUAAUUGAACUUGGUGGGGCUUCCGCUCAGGUUUGGUUUCCUCCCAUUCUGACGAUUUCCAUCUGCAUACAGGAGGUGAAAACCAUGUUUUACCCUACUAAUACAAAGUAGUGGAGGAUUUUCUCUGUUCCUGUUGAAUUUUGUAUAGAGGUUUGGGAAAACGUAUACUGGAUUUACUCUGACGAGUUCUUGUUGUUUCUGUAGAGAAAACUUGUUGUAUAAGAGAAAUAUAUGAUUAUAUUAUCUUUUUUUUGGCAUAUUUAGCGUUCGACCAAUAAGGUCUCUCAUAAGUCUGUGCAGGAUAUUCCUAAAAUUAUCCUUGAAUUAGUGCUAUUUGUCAUCUCAGAUCGUAGCUAUAUGAAAUGGAAAAAAGUGGCCUCCGUCCAUCAGAUUGUGGCCAGAAAUAACAAGCCUGUCGCACACUGAUAAAAAAAGCUUUGCAAUGUUAACUUUUUUUCUUGUAUAUUUACCUUAUUGGUACUAGAUUGGAAAAAAACUUGUGGGCUGGUAUUAUGAUACAUGUCAGCAUAGCGCAUUGGGUCUUGUUGUUUCAAGUAUCAUCACACCUGCUUUCAGAUCGGGGACUGAGAUCAUGAACAAGGGCACAUUGGCAUGGCAGGUAGUUUACUCUCAAGGAAAGUACGGACGGAAUCUUGGAGUAAUAUACUCUUAUGCUAUCAACUGUAUUCCCUGGUUUGUGUCUAGGACGAGUGGUUCAAUCUUUUCUUUUCAUUUUGCUAAUUAUUUUAGAAUUUCUUGUUAUACUUUCUACUUCCUCAUCUUCUUCGUGCUCCACGAUUGGCUAUCUGAGUUGGAUGUGCCUGUUAGAAAAGAUUGACGCAUUGCUAAAUUGUUUCCUCUGAGAUUUCCGAGUGCCAUUCCAUAUAUUUGCAUUAGUGGGUAGAAAUAUCAUACAAACCAUGGAAAGAGAAAUGCGUCUACAUUAAAACUCCUAUUAAUUAGGAAGAUGUUCACAAUGAGAAUCUAAUGCAAUUGCAGUGAUUGGAUGACAUUUUUGUUUGUUUUCCGUUUAUUUGUGUAACAUUGUUGAUUUUCUCAUUUUGUUCUGAAUUAAUUUUCCUUCUACUUGGCACAGGUUACCUUUUUCUCAAGUGAGCCUCUUCCUUCUGAAUUUACAUAUGUGCUUCAAUUUGGCAAAGUUACAUACAACCUUUAUUCCCACAGUUUCCUUCAUUUUGGCCAGGUGAAUAAACUAUCACCUAAAUUUUUCAUACUAAAAUAUCUGUCAAUGAUGUUCUUCCUCUCACUAUUAGAUCUGUGGAUCCUUUUUAUUUCUAUUAAAUAUACUGCAUUAGUCGUCAAAACUGAUAACUGUAUUGACUUUCAGAUGCUGUCUGCUCUCAUUUAAUAGAACUCAUGGGUUGUUUGAGGAAUUCUUGAAGCAUUUUGUCCUCAUACUUUUCAUGUGCUGCUCUGCUCUCUCUGUGUGAAGUAGCGGAAGAUAAUGUAGUCAUAGUGUAGUCAGUCCUUCCGUUUUUAUGAAAUUAUUUCUCUGAGAUGAAUACCUUCCCGUGUGAUGUGGUGUUACAUGUGUGCUUGUACUUUUCGUUUCAAUUUUUUUGUCUUAUUUUCUUUAUUGAUAUCAAUUAUUGCUAACGUGACUGUUUUCAAUUGCUUUUUCGUAUUGUUUAAUAUCGAACAAAUUUUCUUUAAUUUAGUCAAUAGCCUAAUUGAUAUGCGAACUAUGAGAAUGCAUAAGAUGUGCUCUGCGAUUGAAAUUAAUGUGUUGAAAACGUCAGCAUACGUUUUAUAUGCUGAAAUUGGCUCUAUCCUUUAGAUCAUGUAACAUUUAUCGAAUGUUAUGAGUGUACCACAGUAUGGUAUGCAUAUCUGUUUUGCAUACAGAGGGCCAUAGGUUCGAAUAAUGGGAAUUUCUGACGAAGGAAAGGUGAGGAAAAUAUAUUCCCUUGUUUCCAACAAUAUCUUGCGAAUUAAUGGUGUUUGUAUAUGAUGAGAUAAAAGAGAAAAUUAGAAAAUGGGACAAAGAGGUAGGAUUGAUGGGAAUUUAGAGACAAGUCUAACUAGCUAUAAAAUAUCUUUGAUGGCAAAUUAGAUGAGAGGUCGAAAGUAGGAUUGACAAUGAUUAUACCUUUAACCUGUUGAUGGAGACUUAUUGCUAAGGAUCUUGCAGCAAACAGCCCACCAAUUAUGCUCGUUUCGGAGAUGUAGAAAUCCCACUCAUUCUAAAGGAUGUUAGGGAUGGAACAAAGACAAACUAACCCUCAGCUUCACGCCUGGGGCCCCAAUUUCACAUUAGAGGUCGUUCACAACCUCCUGGAGAAACAGCUAGGAGCAAAAUUUUCAUUCAAAAUAUUGACUUUUUUGGCGUCAAGUUCAGCCUCCUAUUUGGAGCAACAUGAGACCUCUGAAGAGGCGCUCUUCGUCUGGCCUAGAAAUCUCAAUAGCUCCCAUGAAUAAUGGGCUGGAAUUUCUGCGCUAGAUGCUUCAUAGGGUCUUUAAGUCGUUGGAUACGCUAGGUUGUUUGAUAGACGUUAGAUAAUCCCUAGAAAUUGCCAAAAUAGUCAAGGAUAAACUUGUAUACGAUGGCCUACGCAAAUCUGCAAAAAGAAAUCUCUAUUCCAUUAUUCACCAAGUCCAGCCGUGUGCUUCCUUCGAGUGUAGACCUUGUCAGGUUCAUGGUCGACUCCAAUGUCCUCGUUAGAAUGAUUUCAGAAACCAAUGGGCUCAGAGAAUUUGGGCAGCAGGGGGACCAAAAUACAUGUACCCCGUUUUAUCAUUUCCUUUUAUGUUUUUGUAGGACCCAAUUUCAACCUUGUGAAAUUUGGUGUUAAUGCAAUUGGGAAACUCUAGAUUCUGGAUGAAGCAUUCAUUAUUUUUCUCCCCAUUUCAAGUUCCUAAAUUUUAUUUAAUUCGAUAGGAUAUGAGUUAAAUAUUGAAUUUCAUGUUUGAGAUGUACUUCAGAAAGCUGCAGUCUUUUUUCAUGGAAUCCAACAUUUUAUAGAGAAGAUGACCAGGCUGCUUUUGGCCAUUGUUCCUCACUUUUGUGGGACUUGUGUUACUUGCAGAAUGCAGCACAUGAGUUUUUUCGUGAGUUUCUGAGCUCAAGAGAGUUAAAAUCAGGUAUAUGACUCUCAUGGUUCUCUACUUCUGUUAUCUUACAUCAUGUAGCCGUGUCAAAUAUUCAGCAACAAAGAAAUAUGCAAAUAUCUGAAGAAAUCAUUGCAUGACUUUUGGUACUGCAGCUUGCAGCCUGCAAUUGUUUGGGUUUACUGGCAUUUGUAGCUUGGAACCGGGUUAUUAUUUCUAUGGGACCACCCCCCACCCUUCUAGAGGCCUUUGUGGAGGCUCCCUUGGGUCCUGUAUAUUACAUGUUUUGAGUUACUUAAAGAAGUCUGAAGGCCUCCAACUCAUGCUAAUUCCACAGGCUUCAGCCGGAUAUAGGUGCAUUGAUUCGUUAAGUUUGAAUUGAAUGAGUGCUUCAUACAUAGAGCAUUGUUUUUCUAUCAUUCUGUGGUUUUUAUUGCUUUGAUGAUCAAUAUCGCAGGUAUCGCCACAUGGCCCCAAGAACAUAUGUAAGUAUUUGAGAUAGAGAAAAACUCUGACAGCCCGUAGAUAAAGGCGGCAUAUUGGCCAUCAGUGGUCACAAUUAAAACUUGGCGUAUUGUUUUAUUAACUUAGCUAUCAUAAUCAGAUGCAUUAUAUCCUAAUGCACGUAAUUAUGGUUGACUUUACUCAUAAAUAGUCAAUGUCAGCUUGUGAGGAAAAUGGCAAUUAUAGAAAGACACAGCAUUCUGUGAAAUACUAAAGCAAGCAAUGUUCUAUGCAGAUGCAAUAUCCCCUGCUGUUGAAAGCUUUAGAGAUCCUUGCACCCCUAGAGGAUACGCAAGAAGUGUGGAAUCAGACAAGAGCUGGCCGUAUAUAACUGGUAACUUCUCGGAGUGUAGAUCUGCUGUGCAGAUGCUGCUGCAAAGAGGAAAAGGUAGCAAGUGUGGUUCUAACAUCCUUAAACUCUUGUCUUCCUACCUCUUUUCUUUGGUCAACUAGGAUACUGUGGAGAGUCGUCUCGUGGGGGGGGGGGGGGGCGGGGAAGUCAACGAGAAAGAAUCUCCGCUGACUCCUCGUAUUUGAUUCAUUUUGGCAUUUGUUUAUCCAGUUAAAUUCUCAAGAACCAUGAUGGCAAAUUCCUGUUUCCAUAUUGGGCCUGAUCUAUCUACAUGACUACAAUAGUCACAAACCUAGGCCCAUGCUUUUAUUAAUCUGUGAAAAAUCCCAAGUUGACCAUGCUCACCUGUGUUUGGAGAAUGCGUUGACUUUUUCCUCUCUCUUUUUCUCUCUCUCUCUACCAAUCAUAUGAUGGUUCUUGCUCCCGACAAAAGUCAAUCACAUGAUGCAACCUGAAUCAUACAUAUUAUGAUGAAUAACUCCAGGGCUUUGGCAGGUGAUUGCCCGUAUAGACAGUGCCGUCUGGGAUCAGCGUUUGUUCCUGCGCUGGAAGGGAAGUUCUUGGCGACGGAGAAUUUCUUUUUCACUUCCAAGGUACUGAACGCGUCCCGUUUUCUCAUGAUCAGUCCAAUGCGGUAUUUUUCUGUGGAGCUUCCUCAUCUGUCCCCUCUCUUGUGCCCGGCAGUUCUUCGGGCUGGGCCCGGCAGCACUUCUCUCUGAUUUCGUCGCCGCUGGGGAGAGAUUCUGUGGAGAGGAUUGGAUGAAGCUCAAGAGGAAGUACCCUUCUCUGGAGGAAGACGAUCUGCUGCGCUACUGCUUCUCCUCAGCGUACAUCGUGGCGCUGCUCCACGACGGCCUCGGAGUGGCGCUGGAUGAUCAGAGGUAAAAUGCACGUCAGUUUUGGCUCUCUCUUACCCACCCAGCUCUAGUGGAAGGUGGUGAAUUCAUCGGUGCCGUUGACUUGGUUGAUCUCUGGUCAACCCUCUUUGACUCUGUACAUGAUCUUGGGCAGGAUUGUGUACGCCAAUGAAGUCGGAAGCAUACCGCUGGACUGGGCGCUGGGCUCCUUCCUGAUGCUGGUGGUGGCGGCGGCAGCAGCAGAGACAGCGGAUUCUGGGCAGCCGAACUGGAUCUCCGGGGAGGGCCGGUUUUCCUUGCUCCGUGCUCUGGUCGUCUUCGUGGUUGUGGUGGCGAUGGGGUGGUUGGCGGCGAGGUGGAAGAAGCCCCAGCUAAAGACGAUCUAUGACCUGGAGAAGGGGCGCUACAUCGUCACUCGGGUGACCCGGUGA